CAGGGGUGUGUGUCUACGAUCAUCAACUGACUAAUAAAAUUGCGAGUUCACGCCCGCAGUGAAACGUAACUCCACCCCCCGGCAUCCAUUUCUGAACGGAGGGACACGGCGCUAGCGAAGAGAAUCCUCGAUUUUAUGUAUAUUUCUUCAUGUAUAUCGCUGUAGAUUAUCUUCAGAAAAUUCGUGACAUAAAACUGAAGUAGCCACUAGUCUGUGAAAUCGUAGCAUAUAUUAUCCGUUGAACCCGUUCGGACAGAGGCAAGAGUUGAAGCUCGCCUUUUAUUUCACGUUUAACUUUCCUAAGCGGCGUGUUCAGCCGUUUUUUUUUUUUUAUUCUUCCUUUGCCCCGCUCACUCUCCCCCCCCGGUGUGAGUAGUGGCCUGUAACGUUGAUUUAGCCACGAGGCGGGUCGGAUCAACCGGAAUUGGGCGAUGGCGGAGUUCGGUAACGGACUGGACUCAGGAAUGACGGAGGAAUCCCUACUGGACUCAGACCCAGGGCACCCAGAACUAGAAGACCCGGGUGUUGGCGAUGAGGAGCCGGGAUUAGAGGAAGGAGAAGCUGCAAUUGAGGACCCGGAGCUGGAGGCAAUCAAAGCCCGGGUGCGAGAGAUGGAGGAGGAAGCAGAAAAGCUGAAGGAGUUACAGAACGAGGUGGAGAAACAGAUGAACCUUAGCCCUCCACCAGCCGGUCCCGUCAUCAUGUCCAUCGAGGAGAAAAUGGAAGCCGACGCAAGAUCAAUCUACGUUGGAAACGUGGAUUACGGCGCCACGGCGGAGGAGCUAGAAGCCCACUUCCACGGCUGCGGCUCCGUCAACAGAGUCACCAUCCUGUGCGACAAGUUCACAGGGCAUCCCAAAGGGUUUGCCUAUAUCGAGUUUUCAGACAAGGAGUCUGUGAGGACGGCCAUGGCAUUGGACGAGUCUCUGUUCAGAGGAAGGCAGAUUAAGGUGGGGGUGAAGAGGACGAACAGACCAGGCAUCAGCACCACAGACCGCGGGUUCCCCCGGGCGCGCUUCCGCUCACGAGGAGGAAACUUUAACUCGUCACGUGCACGUUACUACAGUGGCUACGCACCGCCCAGAGGCAGAGGACGGGCCUUCAGGGGCCGAGGGCGAACAACAUCGUGGUAUUCCCCUUACUAAUACCCCCAACCCCCUACUAUCACCCCAUGUCCCCAUACAAAAAAAAAGAAUGAGAAAAGAAAAAAAAAGUCCCAGGAAAAAACACUGAAGAAAAAAAAAAAGAUGAAAAAAAAAAACCAGUAUUCUCCUGGACAGACUGGCCACAGUGUGUGAUUGUGUGUGAGCGUGCGUGUGCGGAGAUGGUGCGGUCACCCUGGUAAUGUAUCUGAUGGCCGUCGGGAGAUUUGGUGGCAUUUCUUUUUUGAGAAGAUGUUAUCUCAGGCUGCAGAUUUGUCUCCUUUGUCUGGCUGUGACCCUCACACCCAACACAGCCCCCAAAUGCUUGCUUUCGAAAAAGCAAACAUCGACGAGAAAGGAAUGUCUUUUUUUUAAACAUUUUUAUUUUGAAUGUACCGUCCAUGUUAAACUUCCAAGAGCAAAAAUGUUGUUUAUUUUUUAAAGUUGUGGUGUUGGGCGUUUUCAUUUCUUUGUCUCUGUUUUCUGAUCAGUUCCAACUCUCACUACUUUUGCUACCAUAUUCUCCCUCUGGUUCCAUCUCACGCUCUCUUGUGUUUAGUAUCUUAACAGCUGUGACUUCUGUUCAGUGGGUCAUUGUUUUUUUAUAUAUAUAUUUUUUUCAAUUUUGUCUAUUGAACCUUUCCUUUUAGUCGGUAGCAUUCACCCCAAGAAGGCAUGGCCAGAGCUCUGCCAACUUUUCUGUUUAGUUUUUUUUGUAGGCCUCACUUUUUUUCCCCCUCUUCUUGCACCCCUCUGCCUUUGUGCUGCUGCUCCUACCAUUUUGUCCUUCACCUCUUCUGCUCUCUUUCUCCUUCUCUCCUCUCUGUGUAUAUUAGACCACUUCUUGUCGUUUCAGGUUUCAGGACCAGUGGAGGCUGACAACCCCUCCUCCAGUGGCCGCGGCGCCCCCCAAUGUCUCGGCAGGGUCUCUCUCUCUCUCUGCUCCUGCUAUGCACACUCACCCCAUCCUGUCUGUGUGGGGGGGAGGGGGUCAGGGCGAUCACAGGGCCACUGCAGGGGGUGUUUACUACAACAAGCGUUGAGUUGACUUACUCACCCGGCACGCACUCACACAUACUAGGCCCACACACUUCAGACACCACACAACCAAACAACCACACAUAUUUAUAUAGCGAGAGCUAGUCAAGAUGGCAGCAGCUGUUUUAAUUGGGAGUGAGAAAGACCGGACCAGAUAAGGGGUGGGGGGGUUCCAGGGCCCGACUUUAACAGUGCGUAGUGCAGCCACGGCUUGUCGAGGACUAGGAGCGGGGCUAAAGGCAUCGAUUUAAUGUAAUAGCCGAGAGGGGCGGAGCUUUUAUUUUAGGGGGGGGGGGGUUGUGUGGAGAGGUUUGCAUUUUUGAAACGGGAGAGUGGGUUAAACAAAAAAAAGAUGUUUUGCUUUUUUAAUUUUUAACCCAUUAGUCUGUAAUUAGAAAAAAAUUAAAAAUAAAAUAAAGACGUUGUGUAAAAAUUA